UCUUCGUCUUCCAUUUUUACUAUUUUUUCUCCUAUUAAUAUUCUUUCAAUCACCCAUUUUUAUUGCCUCCACAUUUUUUCAUCUUCAAGCAUAGCAAAUAUUACCAGAAAUGAACGGUCUCGAACCAGAUUCUUCUGAGUUUGUUGAAGUUGAUCCUACCGGAAGAUAUGGCCGAUACAAUGAAAUUCUGGGCAAAGGAGCUUCAAAAACUGUUUAUAAAGCAUUUGAUGAAUAUGAAGGAAUUGAGGUAGCAUGGAAUCAACUGAAGCUUUAUGAUUUCCUGCAAAGUCCUGAAGAUCUUGAAAGACUCUACUGUGAAAUUCACUUGCUCAAAACCUUAAAACAUGAGAAUAUUAUGAAAUUCUAUACUUCUUGGGUUGAUACAGCUAACAGGAACAUUAAUUUCAUCACUGAGAUGUUCACAUCUGGUACUCUUAGACAGUAUAGACUAAAACACAGAAGAGUGAAUAUUAGAGCUGUUAAGCAUUGGUGUAGGCAGAUAUUGAAUGGUCUUCUUUAUCUCCAUAGCCUUAAUCCUCCUGUGAUUCAUAGAGAUCUUAAAUGUGAUAACAUUUUUGUUAAUGGCAAUCAAGGGGAAGUCAAGAUUGGUGAUCUUGGCCUUGCUGCAAUUCUGAAGAAAUCGUGCGCGGCUCGUUGUGUCGGAACUCCUGAAUUUAUGGCUCCAGAAGUGUAUGAAGAGGAAUACAAUGAAUUAGUUGAUAUAUAUGCAUUUGGGAUGUGUGUAUUGGAGAUGGUCACAUUUGAAUAUCCAUAUAGUGAAUGCAACCACCCUGCUCAGAUUUACAAGAAAGUUUCAUCUGGGAGAAAACCGGAUUCUUUAUACAAAGUGAACGAUCCUGAGGUGCGAUUAUUUGUAGAAAAAUGUCUAGCAACUGCGUCGAGUAGGCUCUCUGCUAGAGAGCUUUUGGAGGACCCUUUUCUUCAAAUUGAUGAUUAUGGAUAUGAUUUGAGGUCAUUAGAGUAUUGCCGAUAUCCAAACGAUAUUGAGAAUGAGCUAAAAUACAAUCCGGUUGUGUUCGAACCUAGUGAGAUUGAUCUCUUUUCUUGUCAAGAAGGUGACCCCUUGGAAAAUGUUGAUAUCACAAUACAAGGUAGGAAGAGAGAGGAUGAUGACUUAUUCUUAAGGCUUAGAAUUGCAGAUGAAGAAGGCCGAAUUCGAAAUAUCUACUUCUCAUUUGACCUUGAGACUGACACGGCGCUGAAUGUUGCGGCAGAAAUGAUUUCUGAGCUCGGUAUCACGGAUCAAGGUGUGUUGAAGAUAGCGGAUAUGAUUGAUGAUGAAAUCGCGCAGUUAGUUCCGGAAUGGAAGAAAAGACAGGGAAAAGAGGAAACUACAAUAGCUGAAGGGAAUGAUAGUUUCUGUCAAAAUUGUGAUUCAAUCAAUUACCUAUCAGAUUAUGUAUCAUCCAAUAGUCCAGAUGUCAAGAACUUGCAAGUUCUCGAGUGUGCCGAGCAUAAAUGUGCUAAUAUCCAUGGCAGAUUUGAGGAGAUCACAUAUCAAGUUGACGGGCCGGAAAAAUGCUCUAGCACAGCCAGUAUGCCGAUUGCAUCAAGCCAAUCCAAUGGCGUAGGCUAUACCGAUAUCCGGGCACAACGAGGAGUACCAGAAGUAAGCUCACAAGACGUUCAUUGUGACGAAAGACACAAUGAAGUCGAUAAGUCUGUCAACGAAAAGGCGGAGAGAGUCGUAAAAACCGACAGUCUUUGUGAAUCUAAUAAAAGGAACUCUGUAUCUUCAAGCCCUUCAUCAGCUGCUCAUUGGGAUGAUUAUGAGAAUGAAAUCAGGCAAGAAUUGAGAUGGCUUAAAGCAAAAUAUGAGUUGCAGAUAAGGGAACUUAGAGAUCAGCAGUUACGAACAUCAUCUGUCCGAAAUCCAAAUUCUGAUAAUACGGAGCAUGAUAACGGAGUUCGUUCUCCUCCAAGUUUGCAUACAUUAAAAAGAGACAAAUAUAAGCCUAUCCUGAAAUCUGUUCCCUCAGGAAAGCAACUUAGUACGGAUUAUUCUCCUGAUGCUGAUUAUGAAAAUUUUGAAGCAAUGAACGAGGGAUAUAGCCCUGAGCAAAUGGUAACUGCUAAGAGUUUCUACAGAGGAGCAUUGCUUCCAUUUCCUCUUCACAGGACAACUUCUCUUCCUGUCGAUGCUCUUGAAUGAUGUUUAACAGUUUGGUUGUGUACACUAAUACCCUCAUACCAUUAAUAUUUGGUCAUAUCUCUAUAUUGAUUGGAAAGAUAAAGAGGCUUGUAAUUACCAAUUCAUUUCAAAAGUAAAUAAAUUUCAUCAAA